AUGAACUCACAACGUGGUUCGUCAAGGCGUGGACGUGGUACGUCUUCUUCAUCUGGCCACGGACGAGGUACGUCUUCUUCGUCCGGCCGUGGUCGUAAUUAUCGUAGUCAUGCCUCACGCUACAGUCGAUCAAAUGGUGCCAACUCUCGCACUUCAUCAACUCGAGCUUCGCGGCAAGUAUCGGUGACUCCUUCGAUCGCUUCCAGACUGGCCACCCCGAAUCCAUCAAACAACUCUCGGCAAACCUCAUCUGCACCUAGUGUGCCAUGCCGCCAGCCAUCUGCUUCUGUCGCACCCUCGCAAUCCCGAGACGACUUUGAUGAUGAUGUCAGUGAUGAAGCAUUGGACGAAAUCGUGAUGGCGGUGGAUAUGAAGCCUCGUGGAAUUGUUGGCUGUGCAUAUUACGUCGCAGCAGAAGAAAAGCUGUACUUCAUGGAGGACGUCGAGUUAGGUGGUCCUGAGGUUGUGGAAGCUCUCAAGAUAUUUAUCGACCCGACAGUCAUCCUCGUUUCCUCCAAGCUUGAAGAUACGGUGCUGGAUAAGCUCGACCCAGAACGACGCAAUAUGGGUGAUGGAGAUAGUACAGCAUACGGGAUGCCAGCCCUAUGCUCGCCUCGUCCGGUGUCCGAAUUCUCGUACGAAUCGGCGAGAAGCAGACUUGUCAACCUCAAAAUCGGCCACGAAGAUGGACCCAGGAUAACCUUCAUCACUCCUGGAGAUGUCACCACCGACAGAAACUCAGAACACGACGCUGGCGAUACCGCAACCGAAAGUCGUCAGGGACAACUACUGAGACUGGCCGGAUGGAUUGAUGUUGAUAGUCGAGUGACAGUCGGCUGUGCUGGUGCAGUACUUGCCUACAUUUAUCGCAAAAGGGCAGCCACAUUCUUGCCCGGAGAUGUUGCCGCUCAAGCGAUGCACCGUAUCUCAACCAUAGAGAUGUUCACGCUCUCUGGGUCUAUGUUCGUCAAUGCUGAUACUCUGCUUUCGCUACAAAUUGUUCAGUCCGAGUCGCAUCCUCACUCCCACAAUCAAGGUCCGGCAAAAGCCAACUCUGGUUCGAAAGAAGGCUUCUCUGUUUAUGGGCUCUUUCAUUCUCUGGCACGCACUCCGCAGGGCAAGUUUUUGCUACGACAAUACUUCUUAAGACCAAGCAUAAAUCCAGAAGUCAUCAACGAACGUCUCGACGCCGUCAGUUUUCUCCUUCGAGCAGAGAACACAGAACCAAUGGAAGCAUUGAUCAAAAACCUCAGCAAGAUCAAGAAUAUGAGGACUACCAUGAUCAAUCUCCGCAAAGGCAUCAGUGGUAGUGGAGCAGGCAAACGAGGCCCUCCAAAUUUCAUCUGGACCGGCAUUCGUCUCUUUGCCUUCCAUGCCCUACAGAUCAAAGAUUGCUUUCAAGAAGUCAUCGGUGGAGAUCGACUUGCUCUUCGAAGUAAAGUCAUGAAUCACUUCCAUAGCACACAACUCGCCGAGGUCGGAAAAGGCAUUACCGAAAUCAUCGACUUCGAGCUUUCUGCAGAUCAAGGUCGGAAUGUGGUCAGGAAUGGCGUAGACCAUGAUCUUGAUGAACUCAAACGAACCUACGAAGGACUUGAAAGUCUACUAGCUCAGGUGGCCCAACAUGUCGCUCAAUUCGUGCCAGAAGGCCUGAAUGCAGACAUCAACGUCGUGUUCUUUCCCCAGAUUGGCUUUCUGAUCGCUGUGCCUCAAGACCAAGGUACUGGACACGGCGUCUAUGAGGGUCCCGAGGAAGAGCCAUGGGAGAAGAUGUUCACUACCGAGGAUUACGCCUACUACAAGAACGACAAUGUCGUUGAGAUGGACUCAUAUUUUGGAGACAUAUAUGGACGCAUCUGCGACCGAGAGAUUGAGAUCAUCCACGAGCUUGCAGAGAAGAUCUUGCAAUACGAGGAUCUUCUCACGACAGCAUCUGACAUCUGUGCCGAGAUCGAUUGCAUCUUGGCUUUAGCUCAAGGAGCCAGAAACCACAAUCUUGUGCGCCCGCGGCUGACAGAGUCGAACAUCCUUGACAUCAGGGGUGGAAGACACAUUCUGCAAGAGAAAGUGGUCUCGAACUUCAUACCGAACGAUACUCUCAUCGCUGGUGGUGAAGGCGAAACGAAAGACGCACAGCAAGAAGAUCCACCAGUGAUAACUCAGUACCAGACCGAGGACGGUCAUGUGGUACCAAGCAUGGUCUUGGUGACUGGGCCCAACUUUUCGGGUAAGAGCGUCUAUCUCAAACAAGUCGCCAUCAUCGUCUUCAUGGCCCAUGUCGGAAGCUUUGUGCCGGCAAUUAGAGCGGACAUCGGCAUCACAGACAAGAUCAUGACACGAGUUGCGACCCGAGAAAGUGUGUCAAGAAACCAAAGUGCAUUUAUGAUCGAUCUUCAGCAGAUAUCAAUGGCUCUCAACCUGGCGACCAACAGAAGCUUGCUGAUCAUCGACGAAUUCGGAAAGGGAACUGAUUCGCAUGAUGGUGCUGGAUUGGCUGCCGGCGUCUUCAACCAUCUUCUGAACCGAGGUGAUCAGUGUCCAAAAGUCCUUGGUGCAACUCAUUUCCAUGAGAUCUUUGAGAGUGGCUUCCUUCUUCCACAUGAGCGACUUGCUUUCGGCCACUUCGAAGUUCGCGUGGACCCUCAAUCUCAAAUUGACCAGCAGUUGACCUAUCUUUACAACUACAAGCAAGGACGUAGCAACAAUAGUUACGGUACUGUCUGUGCAGCCUUGAAUGGCAUCCCAUCAGAAGUGACCAACAGAGCUGAAGAGCUCAUUCUUCUUGCUGCCAAAGGAGAAGAUCUGGUCACAGCGUGUGCAAUUUUGCCUGAGAGCGAGCUGAAGGAUCUUCAAGAUGCGGAGGAUAUUGCUCGGGCUUUCUUCCAGAUGCAGAUUCCUGAUGACCCAAAGGAAAGCUUGAAACAGCUUUUAGGCAUCGAGUGA